GGACACAAGAAGCUGAAGCGGAGCAGCUAGCUUGUUUGUGCCCGGAGGCUAAAGAUGUGUGUGUGUGUUAUGACGUCAUUAAGAAGUUACACGUCGUAGUUUUACGUUCACCAGCGAGUGUCACGCAUCGCCGCGGUUCGCGGUAGCUGCGACGAUGCUAUGUUUGCGUGGAAAAGCGGCGAAAAUGUCGGUUUCUUUACGGAAGCUGUGUGUCCUCUCACUGCUGCAGCGCCCCCUGCAGUCCUGGAGCAACACUGCUCGCAGUCUCUCUUCUAAACCUCCUCCACCUCCUACGCCCGACUCCUCUGAGUCUGGACCUGGUUCUCUUGACCAGGUUCCACCGCCCACUCCCACUCACUGUUGCAUGAGCGGUUGUCACAACUGCGUGUGGAUCGCUCACGCCGAGCAGCUGCUCGUGUUCUACCACGACGGAGGCGACCGGGCGAUCGCCGCCAUCGAGGAGAGCGUCCUCGACGAGAACCUUAAAACAUACUUGAAGAUGGAGAUCAGACUCCUGAAGAAGACGUGACGUGUUUUACCUCCACAUCUGCGCACACCUCAGAAGACUGACACUGACUCCACGACUGAGGACGGAUUUUAGCCACUUUAUAAAAGACUAAACUUAUAAAAUCACGUCUUUAUCUCAUUGUGAGACAGACUUUUCCAACAGGAAACUGAAGUUUGUAAACCACUCACUCUCACACAC